AUGACUUCAACACCUCCACCUGCAACUUCACCAGCACCAGCACCAGCACCAGCACCGCCAGCGCCAGCGCCAGUAUACAUGUCACCAUAUGGACACUAUCCACCGACACCAGGCAUGGGACCCUAUGCCUAUGCGUAUCAAUAUCCACCAACACCGCCAUCACUAGGUCCAGGCAUGCCACCCUAUCAGUAUCCCCCAGCCAUUGCAUAUCCAUACAACUAUCCUCCUAUCCCGCCACCAAAUAAGAUUGGGGAGCUGAAAUCAAAUCUAAAUGAAGAUGGCAAAAAAAAUCUCAAUGGAACCAAUGGGGUAAUUUCUGCAUCAGUUUUUACUGAUUUCAAAGAUGGAUCCUUUGAUAGCACAGAUCCAAGAGCUAUCUUGAAUGAAAACAACAAUAGCCCUACUGCUGCUAUAUCUUCAUCUACUGGUAGGGUGAGCCAACAUCAAUUCUUGGACUUACAGAAUGGAACCACUUCAACAAUGGCUUGCACUUUCCAGUUUAAAGACCCGAAAUCAAAUAUCAUUCGAGAUGUCCACAAAGCUUAUCAGCCACAGUUUGUCAAGAUUGAGGAACACAAUUUUUCAGGUGAGGAGUCACGCAGUACUCUCUUUUCAGAUGAUCGAGCUCCGACCCUCCAUUGGUACUACCCUGAAGAUUGGAACUAG